UAGAGACUCUAGUGUUCUGUUUCUGCAAUUUUUGCCAUCAUAUUUAGAAGGAGGGGCGUUAAAGAUCCAGAGAUCUCAUCCAAUAGUUCAUAUUGAGUAGUUUUGAGUUACUUAGCAGAACUAGAAUCACCGCACCUCUCGGUCCGGACUUUGGACAUCAUGCCCGCCCAAAACCACAAGAAGCGUGUCAUUAGGAGUUUAUGGAUCGCUUUUACUUUCUUUGGAUUAAACGUCCAUGGACUGGAGGCUGAUCUAAAAGACGGCCCCGUGGUCAGUGUCACAGCCUUGCCGACGCCAUCCAGCACGGUUAAACCUGGGCAUACGGUUCCUGUGGAACACACAAGCGAUGGCUGUGGGCAUACAAAGCUUGGACCAGAGAGUGGCACCCUGACGUCAGCUAACUACCCAAAAACCUAUCCCCAGGAUGGGUCGUGUACGUGGAGGCUUCGUGUCCCGCAGGGCCGCACAUUACGCCUCCUCUUGGGGGACUUUGACAUCGAGGGAAGCAUGGACUGCACCAACGGCUCUCUGGUGAUCACCCCGAGCAACGGGUCCCCCAGCAUAGGCCCUCUGUGUGGGAGACUCACUGCUUCGGAGAUGAAAUUGUCGGUUAGCAGCAACGAAGCGUCGGUGAUCUUCAGGUCGGGCCGACACCGCGCUGGUUGGGGCUUCCUGUUGUCCUACACAACAGACCAGAACCCAGAGCUUAUUUCCUGCAAAAUGACUGGAACAAGUUUGUCCUCUGAUCAGUUAAGCGUGUACUGCCCCGCCGGCUGUAAGGACGUUCUGGGGGACGUUUGGGGAAACUCUGAACAAGGCUACAGAGAUUCAUCGCCGAUCUGCCUGUCUGCGGUCCAUGGAGGGGUGGUGUCGGACAGCCUGGGGGGCCGCGUCAACCUCACCCGGGGGAGAGGCCUUAGGUUCUACGAGUCCACCUUCGCCAACGGAGUCCUGUCCAAAACCGGUUCAUUGUCUGAGCAUAAACUGCUCUUUAGCAAAGAAUGCAACGGACACUUAAACAUGUCCCUCGUGGACAGCUCCUCUCUCUGGGGGAGAGCCGGGGGUCAGGGGAAGGGUCUGAACCCGGCCGGUCCGUUGGUAACAUGGACAAUAGAACCAGACGACCAGAACCCCUGGGUGGAGCUGGACCUCGGUAAAAAAAGAAAAGUCACUGGUAUAAUAACAACAGGUUCAGGGAGGUUCUACAUAGAGUCCUACUCGCUGCUUUUCCGCAAAGACAGGAAGGACUGGAAGCCUUACAAAGGUGCACUGAGCAAAGAAAGAAAGGUAAGAGGUGAGCUAAGUGCUGAAUGGUUUCAGGUGUUUGAGGCUUACUCCGACGGUCACCCCAGGGUGCUGAACAGCCUGUUCCCCACCGUGGUGGCCCGCUUCGUCCAGCUGAAGCCCAUCACCUGGGAGAAAGGAGCCUCAGCAGAGAUCCAGCUGCUGGGGUGUCCCAUCGUCAAGGAUACCUCCAAGACCUUCUACAACGCGAGACCCUGCUGGCUCUCGGCAACUUUUGCCCUGACAUCUUCAGAAGGAGGGGCGUUAAACAUCCAGAGAUCGGCAGACGGAAAAUCCAAUAGAAAAAUACCAAUUGGUUCCUCAUCCAAUCGUAAAUAUUCAGCAGGUUUGAGUUACUUUGCAGAACUCAGACUCAGAGAUAGUGGGACACCUUGCUUCUCGGUCCGGACUUUGGACAUCAUGCCCGUUGGGACCACUAACCACCAGAUCGCAGUGAAGUGUGUCAUUAGGAGUUUAUGGCUUGCUUUUACUUUCUGUGGAUUUAGCGUCCAUGGACUGAAGGGCGAUGGCUGUGGGCAUACAAAGCUUGGACCAGAGAGUGGCACCCUGACCUCAGCUAACUACCCAGGCACCUAUCCCCAGGAUGUGUCGUGUACGUGGAGGCUUCGUGUCCCGCAGGGCCGCACAUUACGCCUCCUCUUGGGGGACUUUGACAUCGAGAGAAGCAUGGACUGCACCAACGGAUCUCUGGUGAUCACCCCGAGCAACGGGUCCCCCAGCAUAGGUCCUCUGUGUGGGAGACUCACUGCUUUGGAGCUGAAAAUGUCGGUUAGCAGCAACGAAGCGUCGGUGAUCUUCAGGUCGGGCCGACACCGCUCUGGUCGGGGCUUCCUGUUGUCCUACACAACAGACCAGAACCCAGAGCUUAUUUCCUGCAAAUUUACUGGAACAAGUUUGUCCUCUGAUCAGUUAAGCAUGUACUGCCCUGCCGGCUGUAAGGACGUUCCUGUUGGGAACGUUACGGGAAACUAUGACAAAGGCUACAGUCAUAGAUCGCUGAUCUGCCUGUCUGCGGUCCAUGGAGGGGUGGUGUCGGACAGCCAGGGGGGCCGUGUCAAGCUCACCCGGGGGAGAGGCCUUGGGUCCUACGAGCCCACAUUCGCAAACGGAGUCCUGUCCAAAAGGGGUUCAUUAUCUGAACAUAAACUGCUCUUCAGCAAAGAAUGCAACGGACACUUAAACAUGUCCCUCGUGGACAGCUCCUCUCUCUGGGGGAGAGCCGGGGGUCAGGGGAAGGGUCUGAACCCGGCCGGUCCGUUGGUAACAUGGACAGCAGAACCAGACGACCAGAACCCCUGGGUGGAGCUGGACCUCGGUGAAAAAAGAAAAGUCACUGGUAUAAUAAUAACGGGUUCAGGGAAGUUCUACAUAGAGUCCUACACGCUGCUUUUCCGCAAAGACAGGAAGGACUGGAAGCCUUACAAAGGUGCACUGAGCAAAGAAGAAAAGGUGUUUGAGGCUUAUUCCGACGGUCACCCCAGGGUGCUGAACAGCCUGUUCCCCCCCCUGGUGGCCCGCUUCGUCCAGCUGAAGCCCAUCACCUGGGAGGAAAGAGCCUCAGCAGGGAUCCAGCUGCUGGGCUGUCCCGUCGUCAAGGAUACCUCCAAGACCGUCUCCUCCACCGCAGUUAAUCCAACAGACGCCCCCGUGGUCAGUGCCACAGCCUUGACGACGCCACCCAGCACAGUUACCACUGGACAUGCUGUUACUGUGGAACACACAACCUCCGAUCAGAAAGUGCUGGUCGUGGUGGGCGUGGUGUUGGGGCUGGUCCUGUGUGCCAGCUGCCUGUUGGCUGGGUUCUGGUUGAAGAGAAGGAAGAAAAAUGCCCAAAUUAAGAAGUACUCAACCGCUAAAGGUCCAGUUGACCACCAGAGUCUCCAAAGGAAGAGUCCGGGCGGUGAGUCAGAGCUUAUCUCCUACCCUCUGGAGAAUCUUCAGGCUCUUAACCCUGCGGAGAGUAGAGACCAAGACACGUUACCCGGCCCCCCGCCCAACGACUACGCUCAGCCUGCCGCGGGAGGCCAGACUCUCAGCUCCACGUUCCGGCCCGGCCCAAACCCGGGACUCACGGCGGCCUUCAGCUUCAGCCGGAACCACGGCCCCGCGACCCUCCCAGAGUACGCCACGCCCCUCCCCCCCGAGCCGGAGUACGCCACCCCGUUCAGCGAGCAGCUCCCGGAGGCCAGGGACCCGGCCCGGCCCAAGGGAGCCCCGGGACGGGACAACAGACUCAGGACGACUCUUCCCCCUCCCCCCCCACCACCCCCGACCGGCGGGGAGGCCUCCCCGGACCACACCCACUAUGACUGUCCCUCCCACAGGCUGCUGUCCAACGGCUACUGCACCCCGUCCAACCAGGGCGCGGCACCGCGGCCCAGCAGCGCGGUGUACUCGGAGCCCGAGCAGCCGUACUCCUUACUGCAGGCCCAGCACACGUACGAGGAACUGCUCUGAUGUGGGACCCGCAGAAAGAAGACACUGAGCCGGGGCCGACGGAACAUUGUUGAUAUGAGGUUGAGUCAGGGGCCGUUUCAGUAUUACUGUAUGUUAGUAUAUAGUAGUAUAUGUUAGUUUACUGAUAUAUACUAUAAUAUAACUAUUGUGUACAUUUUGGUAUGAAGUGUGAGAAGGCAGCACAGCACAGAACCUCCAAAGCCUGGUUUCAUCUAUUAAUGUUUGUUUUUUACUUUGCGAAAAUGAGGGACAUACAAACUGUGAUCUCAGAGCCAUACAGAUAUGAAUAUUUACUAUCAGGUCGUGCAUUCCUGCAUUUUCUUUUUCAAACAUUGAUCGGAAAGAAAGUGCAACCUCAGACAUGUUGUUUAUUGGUAAAAUGUUUGAUCCACAUCGCACUUUUAAAUAACUCGGAAUACAGCACUGUAUAUAAAAAAAAUAUGUAAUAUAAUAAGGGAUAUGAGUAAAAUAUGAAGAAUAAGGACUAUAAUGCCUCAAAUGUGUCACAAUCAUCAAGCAUUUUGUCUUCAAUAUUAAAUUGCCAUACCGUUGUAAAUGAAUAAAGAUUAAUUGGAACUUUUUUCUUACAUAAAACAUCAAAAGUUGUAAAAAAUGUAUUGCGGCUAUGUGGUUGUAUGUAUGCAAUGCUGUGGUAUAAUACUCCUAUACAUAUAUACUACAGGGUGACACUAGGCGGCAGUAUUGAGCUGACAGGAUUGUCUCAUACUUCUUGGUUCCUCUCAAAUUGUCAUUUCAAAAACAUACCGAAUGACUAAUGUGUGCACACAAGCUUUCUUAAUAUAUGAUAAACCGAAAGAAUCGCAAAAAGGCAUGAUAAAGAAGGUGAGAUUUUACGCAAUGAAGCCAGCCGCCCAGAACAAAUAGUUUUUUUUUUCAGGACCAUAAUAAUUAGAAGCGGAGUGUUCUUUGUAACUACGCUGUUCAUGUACUUCCGAGGGGACACAAUGCAGGCAGCCGUCUUCUUCCAAGGGAUAAAAUGCUCCAAUAGCCUUAGAUUUUGGUAGAAUAGAGAAACAUAAUACUUACAAAAAGUUCGAGGGACACCAUUCAUUAUUUACAAAGCUACUGCCACAUCUAUCUUUACCAUUAGACUAUCCAGUUGUUUUGGAAACACAAUGACAUAAAAAACAACAGUUUUAGGCCACAUGCUUAAUGCUUCGCUCAUUGUAAUAAUUUUUAUGUGGUCAUUAAAAACGGGUUGGUUUGCAAAUAAGUGUGUACGGUAUGUUUGUGGCAUAGGUUGUCCCUUUAAGCGUUGACUACAUGGUGACUUAACAUUUGUGACACCUACAAAAUCAGCAUUGAUUCAGCAUCCAUUGGGUUUGGUUUGGUUACCAGUUAUAAAGUGUCAAGGAAGCCACUACUUAAUUUUAAA